UGCACUGCUGUGCUUUGCACCACCACGAUCUGUCCUAUCCUACCCUCUACCCCGAAGGAUCGAGGCGUGAGCAAGUGCAGCACCACCACCGGCAGCAGCACCAGCCCACCGAACCCACUCGCACCCGCGGAGCGGUAGGGGCCAGGCAGGCAGUGUCAUGUACAACAACGUCGGGAUCAGGACCCCCCGGGGCUCAGGCACAAGCGGCCAUGUCAUGUCCAACAGAAGCCACGUGCGCGCGCAGGCGUUUCGCAUGGGGAUAGACCGCAACACCGGGAAGCUGCAGGCCCGUGACUGGGAGGAGCCACCCCCCCGGAAGGCCAACGAGGAGCUGCUAGACCACCAACGCAAGCGCAAGGUGGAAGCCAAGAUCUUCGAGCUGCAGGAGGCGAUGGCCGACCGUGGGUACAGCGACGCCGAAAUUGAGGAAAAGGUCGCAGAGGUCCGCAAAGGGCUGGAAGAGCGAGAAGGGAGCGGCCAAAAGGCGUCCCUGCCCAAGGGCAAGAAGGGAACCGGCGCCGGCGGCGGAGCGGGUACCAUGGACUCCCACAUGCGGGACGUGAAGAAGGCGGACGACAACCGCCGCAUGAGGGAGGCGUUCGGACUCGGGGAUGACUACGCGGCCGGGGAGGCGUUCGACGAGGAGGCCCAGGAGCGGAAGAAGGAAGCGCGCAGGAAGGAGCGAGAGGCGAAGGACAAGGAGUGGGAGGAGAAAAAAGCGGCAAAGAAGGCUGAGGAGAAGAAGGAGAAACGCCGCCGGGAAAAGGCCGGGAGCGACGACGAUCAGAACGGUCAGGAGGGAGGAUCCAGGAAGGGGAGCAGCAGACGCGGCGACUCGCAAGAAGCCGAGCGUGACAGCAUGAUGGCCAAGAGAGCCGAACGGUUCGGCGCCAGCGCUAACGAGCCCAGAGGAUCCUCCAACAACGACCGCAAAGGGCGCGGACAGUUCCGUGCCGGGGGCCCCGGCAACAAGAACAACGAUAGGAGGGGGGGGGGGCGCGACGGCAGGGAUGGAGACAGAAGGCCCUCGGAGAUGAACGUCAAGGAUGCACUGGCGGGGGGGUUGUCGGCUCCUCGUCGGGGGUCUAGGCGCGACCGGGCUAGAAGCGAGGACGAAGGGCCGCGGGAUGUCGUCAUCCACGUGGAUGGCGAAGACGGCGGGGUUCGGGGGCGCCCCAGGCUCGGCAACGGGCGGAACGUCCACGUGCGCGUCGCCGGGGAAGGAGGCCGGGGGGACUCCGAGGACUCGCGGUACCGCGGCGACCGGGGUCGGGGGUAUGAUGAUGACAGUGAUUGCGAAGGGUCGGGGCGCGAGGUUAUCGUGGUGACUCAAUCGGGUGUGGACGAGAACGACAGGUGGCAGGCGGACGAGAACGGGGUCUUCGCGGAGGAUGGUCUGGGGGGGGGGCCCGCAGCCCUCGCCUCCGCCACUACCACCACCCCCCACUCCCCCGCUGACGACGACCUUCGCGGAAGGAUCAAAGGCCGCGACCGUCGGGGCGUGGAAAGCGAGUCCCCCCCCCCUCGAAGGAAGGCCGCUCUCGCUCCCUCUGGCGGAGAUCUGCGGGAAAGAAUUUCCGGUCGGGGGCGCCGCGGCAUUGAGUCUCCGCCCAAGAAGCAGCGCCGCAAGCGCUUGCCGUCCCCCUCGGCGAGCGACGGCGACGGAACCGGCGGCGCGGGGUCCCCGGCCCGGCCGGCGAAGAGGGCGCCGGCGGCGGAGGUCGGCAGCGAUAAGCGCAAGCGCGGCGGGUCUCGGGACAGCGGCGGGAGGGGCGCCGACAAGUCGCGGGGCGACGUUGGUAGGUCUGACAAGGGGAGAGGUGGAGGAGACAGGAACGGUAGCGGCGGCAGAGGCGGCGGCGGUGGGAAGGGUGGCAGGCGGCGGUCUCGCAGCGAGGAAUCGUCAUCCUCCUCUUCGUCUUCAUCGUCAUCGAGCUCUUCGUCUUCUUCCUCCUCCUCCUCCUCCUCGUCCUCUUCGUCGUCAUCGAGCUCUUCCUCGUCCUCCUCCUCCUCUUCUUCGGAGUCACCUGUUCGCUCCUCUAGCAAGCGGUCCUCCAAGCAGUCCUCCCGCCGGAAGUGAUGAUUUCGGUCACAUUUAAUGGUAAAAUUCUCAACACGUCUUGUUGGUCAUGGCGGGGGCUGGCAAUGAGUAUGGUGGGUCAGCUCCCCGUGGCUUGAGGCGAGCGAGAAGUGAACAACUGGUCUGUUCCCGGACUCCGGUUGUGUAGUAGGCCAGCUCCGUCCUAUGUUGUUCAGGGGAGUCGAGGGAGUUUGGUGUCGGAGUGAGCGGUGUCCCCUUUCGUCCUAUGUGCAUCAUCCCCCUCCCUCAUUCCCCACGGGAAACAAGCCAAACGGAGGGAUUUCGGCUAUUUUAAGUGUAGACGUACUUCGAACAAUGGCGGAGUAGCCCUUCGUGUCUACGCAUGGCCGUUUGUUCUGGGGCCGCCCUGCAAAAAGUUGUUCUUUUUCAUCGUGCUGUAAAAGAUGGUUCCCACCCGGCGCUACCUUGAGGGAGGGUAUUCGAGGCAAACGGGUUUCUCCACAAAAUGGUUUCGUCUAGUUCUUUUUUUUUGUUGCAGCGCGAGCAGCAAGAACAGCUGUGGUCUGUGUCUCGUUACCCUAGUCUCCAGAAAACGCAUUUGGAGUUCUUGGAGGUAGUCCUCUUGAUGCAGGCAGCCGGGGAGGAGAGGAAAAAGGAGAUGCUAGCUAGAGGAUGUGCCCAUGAGAAGCUUCUGAGUAUGGUCUCGUUGUCACCGGCCGUUGCCGUGUGUUACCCUUGCGAGAGCGCUGUGUAUGCUGGUGUUGGAGUUGCUACAGAAGUAGUGGGAAGAGAGGGAGGGUUGUCAAACUUCUCGUGGGAAGAGAAAGAUGAUCAUCCCUCCAGGGGAGACAUAUGCGUGCGAGCUAGGCGCCACUUGUGGCUUGGAUGUCAGGGUUGGGUGGCUGAUGCUGGACGAGUCUCCAAACCGAUGAUACAUGAAUACAGCAAGAGCUGGUCUUCAAUGAAAUGGUCAUUUUUUCUGUGCUGUUGUUCCUUGUUCAACUCCCGGCGGGUUUUGGAACCCCGCGAAGUGGCGCUGAGUAGAUGCGGCCAAGCAU